AUGCAGAGAGCCAUAUCCAGCUUUGCUUUGGCCCCAGCUGUGAAAGUGAAGUUGAUCAAUGCUGGGUUCCACUCCGCUGCAGACGUGUGUGACCUCCGAUCUCUGCACCUCAGCAAAGAGGCUGGAAUCUCCCAAGAGGAGGCAGAAGAGGUGUUGCAGGCCACGCGGUGUGAAUCCAAUCAAGGGAGGGGAGGAGUGAGCAGACUGACAGCCCUAGAGCUCCUGGAGAGGGAGCAGGCCCUGGGCUCCAUAGUCACCUUCUGCUCUGCGUUGGACAGUGCUUUAGGAGGAGGACUGCCUGUGGGCAAGACCAGUGAAAUCUGCGGAGUGCCUGGCGUGGGCAAGACACAACUGUGUAUCCAGCUAGCAGUGGACGUCCAGAUUCCAGUGUGUUUUGGUGGUCUAGGAGGCCAGGUGGUAUAUAUAGACACAGAGGGCAGCUUCCUGGUCCAGCGGGCUGUAGAUGUAGCCAGGGCAGCCGUGGAACACUGCGGCCUUCUAGCUGAAGAUGCCGAGCAGCAGGAGGCCGUGAAGGAGUUCACCGUGGAAACCAUCCUCUCCAACCUCUUCCUCUUCCGUUGUCAUGACUACGUGGAGCUGUUGGCUGAGGCCUGCCUCCUGCCAAACUUCCUGGCACAGCACCCUGAGGUGCGAUUGGUUGUGAUUGACAGCAUUGCCUGUCCAUUUCGCCGUGACUUUGAGGACCUCUCUCACAGGACCCGGCUCCUGAAUGGCCUCGCCCAGCAGUUUAUUCAAAUGGCCACCCAACACAGUGUCGCGGUUGUGCUGACCAAUCAGAUGACGACAAAAAUUGCAAACGGCCAGUCAAAGCUUGUUCCAGCUUUAGGUGAAAGUUGGGGACAUACCGCUACACAGAGAAUCAUUCUGCGCUGGGAAGGACAGCGGAGACUGGCCUCUCUCUACAAGUCCCCCACCCACAGGGAGGUGACAGUUCCUUACCAGAUCACAGGUCAAGGCUUCAGGGACGUCAUCCCGUCUUAUCCCUGGAAGACCCGGGCAGACUCUGCAAUUCCAUCAGGGAGUGCGUGCAAGCGCCCCCGUGUGGAAGAAGGAGGAAGGACUUGAAGAGCUAAUUGUCCUCUGCUGAGACCUCAACAACAUUUAGGUGCAAGUUUAACCACAUUGAAAC